UCAACUAUUGAACUAUUGAACUCCAGCAAGCAUGUGGCAAGUGAUUUCUGUCCACAUUGUUCGAUGCAGUACGUCGUCAUGAAGGCAUCGGAGAAAAUGAAUACGUGCUUACCCACGGCAAGAGGACGUCUUUCGGCCAACUGGGGUUGGGCGGUAGUGGCAAUGACCUGGAUCCUUUUUAUCAACAUGUUCGGUAUCAUGUAUUCUUACGCCAUUUUAUUCGUCGAGUUCCAGGAGGAAUUUGGGAGCUCUGCGACAUUUACAGGUUGGGCAGGAUCCAUCCCCAUCGGGCUUACUGCUUUGAUGGCUCCAGUCAUAAAGGUGUUCAUUGACCGUUUCGGCUACCGGCCCGUCGGCGUCGUCUGUCACGUCAUGGCAUCCUUGGGGGUCGUGGCGACCUCUUUCGUUCCAAACAUGUCACUUGUCUACCUCACAUACAGCUUGAUGUACGGGUGUGGUGCCGGCGGUCUUUGUAUCCUCGUACUUGGGCUUGUCGCAUGCUAUUUCUAUUCAAAGAAUAACGUCAGGGCAAUGGCAUUCGCGGUUUCUGGUUCGAGUCUCGGUACGUAUAAUCGCAUUUAA